CAACAAAACUCAACUAAAAAUUCUAAUAUUUUAAAAUAAAUAAAUCUUACAAUCUUACAAUUUUUCUUGUUACUUUUUACAUUAUAAAAUUUCUAGUAGUAAAAACAAUUAGUUAUUCAUUGUGUUUAUUUGUUGAUUCAAAACUUCUGUAGUUUUUUCUUCCCACUGCCGUAACUUUUCUAUCUGAUUAAUAAAACAAACUCAUCAAAAAUGGAAGCACUAGUGGCGAGUGUGGAUAAGGAGAAUUUCAAGUUUGAUAUUGAAGUUGCACUUGAACAACAAUUGGGGGCCGUGAGCCUCCCCUUCCCGCAGAUGGACAAAUCCACAUCGGCAAUUUGUGAAUUUUAUCUGGUUGGAACAUGUCAAAAAGGGAAUCUCUGUCCAUUUCGUCACAUUCGUGAAAAUAGAACGGUCGUGUGCAAACAUUGGUUGAGAGGAUUGUGUAAGAAAGGAGACCAAUGUGAAUUUCUUCACGAGUUUGACAUGACAAAAAUGCCGGAAUGUUAUUUUUACACGAGGUUCAAUGCUUGUCAUAACAAGGAAUGUCCGUUCCUUCACAUUGAUCCUGAAGCAAAAUUGCGUGAAUGUCCGUGGUAUCAGCGUGGAUUUUGUCGACAUGGUCCCAACUGUAGACAUAAACACGUUCGUAAAGUGCUGUGUCUUAAUUAUCUGGCUGGUUUUUGUCCCGAUGGACCCAACUGCAAAUUCGUCCAUGCGACAUUUGAGCUUCCCCAAGCGGAUGAGAUAGCAAAGAAAAAGGCCGGAAUAAUAUGUCACAUGUGUCAAGAGAUGGGUCACAAAUCGUUCCAAUGUCCCAAAAAUCCAGAAGUUCAAGAACAAUUGGCUCGAGCUGGAUUGAAUCAUCAUGAAUCUCGAUCCGCUGGCGGCGCCGCAGACAAUGAACAAGAGAAUCAAAAACCACCAGAAUUUCAUGGACGAUUUGGUGGAAGUGGUGGUCCCAGAUUUUCCAACGAUCAUCAACAACAAGGUGGAUUUCAACCAUAUCAAUUUCAUCCAAGACCACAAUUCUACCAGAGAAGAAAUAAUGACAGGCCGGAAGGAGAACAGCAGCAACCCAGGAGGGCGUUGGAGGACGUUGUGUGUUAUAAGUGCGGAUAUAAAGGACAUUAUGCCAACAAAUGUAACAAGGGUCAUCUUGCCUUCCUUUCACACAAGGCGGGUGCGAAUAGAGACCAGAUGCCUAGAAAUUAACGAUUUAAUAGUAAUUUAUUAUUUUUUGGACUAACUUUUUGAACACGUUAUUAAAAAUUUAAUUGUAAGAGAA